AUGGGUCGCUCCUUACAUUCACAAGCUUUCAGCUUGGGAGCUUUGCUCUUAUACCUGCUUAGCUUCGAACUCUUCUCUCCCGUCAACGGGCUUCCGAAGGCCCCAUGGGCGCAGCAAAGGGCCAAAGGACAUGGGCGGAAGAUGCUCAGCCAUGCUGUCAGCAAGCGUCAGUUCAGCAACGAAACUGAGCCUGCAGACUGCGUUCUUCAUAAUCCCAAAGAUGUCGACGCCCCAAGGGAAAAUAUUUGGGGUGGUCUGACCAAUGUAGAAGCUGCCAGUGUCACUCAAUGGCUAUUUGCUCAACCGGAGUUGAAUCUUACUGUCAGUGAGAACGCCACUUCUUGGGACAACUCCAUCGUUAGUGUCUUGGUGGAACUCAUGGUUCCUAAUAAGACCGAUGCCCUAGCUUACAUCGAUGGAAGUGCCCCGGCACCUCCCCGCUAUGCUCAUGUUUUGAUCGAUUUCCGCGCCUCUGAAGAACCAGAGUACCAAGAUAUACUUGUUGGCCCCCUUCCUAUCACCAGUGGUGUUACAAAGUGGGAACGUCUUGAAUACCCGUAUACACGCAAGACCGGCGGUCGUGUCCGGAACCUUGACGCAGAUGACGACACUAUGCAAGACUGGCUCUACGACGUCAGCAAGACUGUUGCGGAUAUCACUAAGGACCUCUGGAAUGCCACGGCCCUCGGCCUCGAAAAUGACACGCUCUCCAUCUGGGGUAUUGACCCGUAUUAUCAGGAUGGUGGUCGUGUUCAGCGCUGGGAUACAUUCUGGAGCAUUCCUGACUCUAUCUUUGAUGUUGGCUCGAUGAUGCCUAUGGGCUUGUUCUUUAUGUCAGACAUCACUGGUCGCGAUCCGUCCAAAUGGGCUGUUGAAGGAUGGUACUACAACGGCAUCUUUUAUGAAACGACCGAAGAGUUUCGAAACGCCUACUGGAGCGGCCAAGUUGAGAAACUUGGUGGCAACUGGUCAGGCGACUGGUCUGCUACUGAUCAACAGGGUGAAAUUCUGCCAAUGGAUACAAAUGCACCCCCGACAGCUAUCGCACCUCAAGGUGCGAGAUACUCUGUCGAUCCCGAACGAAAAUAUGUUGAAUGGAUGGGCUGGAGCUUUUAUGUUGGCUUCACUCGCGACACAGGAAUGGCGCUUUAUGAUAUCCGGUACAAGGGCCAGAGGAUUCUCUACGAGCUUGGUCUUCAGGAAGCCUUGGCCCACUACGCAGGAAGUGAUCCCACACAGUCCCAUGUAGCAUACCUUGACACCUAUUAUGGUUUCGGUCCCUUUGCCUUUGAGCUCCUCAAGGGCUAUGACUGCCCCUCUUACGCGACGUACCUGAACUCGUCUUUCUACGUCUCCGAGACUACCCACACUCAUCUCAACAGCAUCUGCUUAUUUGAGUUCGACGCAGACUACCCCAUGGCCCGCCACAGCUCCCAAGACUACGUGACUGCCACGAAGAACGUAUACUUCACAGUCCGCUCUGUUUCAACCGUCGGAAACUACGAUUAUAUGUUCAGUUAUUCAUUCUUCCUGGACGGCUCCGUUUCAGUUGAGGUUCGUGCUUCGGGUUAUAUCCAGGCGGCGUUUCACGCAAAGAAUGAGGGUUAUGGCUUCAAGAUCCACGACAAUCUAUCUGGUUCGAUGCAUGACCAUGUCAUAAACUUCAAGGCCGACUUCGAUAUCUUUGGCACUGAGAACAGCGUGCAGCGGAUGCACCAAGUGCCCACCACUCAAGUCUACCCGUGGUCCAAAGGCAAAGCUUUCAACACCAUGAAGGUUGAGCGCGAAUUCGUGGAGACGGAAGACCAAGGACGUUUCGACUGGAGCUACAACAACCAAGAUCAGCUAUUCGUGCUCAACCAAGAUGUGAAAAACAAGAAUGGCGAGUACCGCGCAUACCGCAUUCUCCCUUACACCGGCGCUGCGCACCUGACAGUCAAUGACUCAAACAUUUUGAAGAACUCGGCCAAGUGGGCUGGUUACGACAUUAUGGUCUCGAAGCGUAAGGAUACCGAACCGCGCAGCAGUCAUCCGUACAAUAAUCAGGAUGUUGAGAACCCUCCCAUUAAUUUCGACGCGUUCUUUGAUGGCGAGAGUCUGAAUCAAACGGAUCUGGUUGUUUGGCUUAACCUCGGAAUGCAUCACGUCCCUCACACUGGUGACCUUCCAACCACUGUUUUCACAACUGCCCACUCUGGAAUUCAGUUCAUGCCGGCCAAUUACUUCGAUGUCGGCCCUAAUGUUGAGACUGUCAACAUGGUCCGCAUCAAUUACUCCAAAGGUAACACCACGGAUGUGUUCACCUUCGGCGCCGAGACUGAUUCCUGUGCCCUUGAUUAUGAGCCUACUCAGGUGGACCUGUGGUCAUAUAAGGGCGAUGUCGUGGUCCGCAAGUUUCCCUAUUUGCCGGAUGACCCUUACUACGACACGGACAGCAUUUAA